AUGGCCUCCAUCCUCCAUGGCGUCCUGAACGCGACCAACUUCCGCAACCCGUUCCUGCGAACUCUGGUCCCAUCCAUAGGCCUGGCGUAUGGAAUCCAAGCAGCCGUCGCGGUGCCCUCGAUCUUCCUCCAGACAGAACGCUUCUACGACUUGUCCGGCUCGUUGACGUACAUCUCCUGCGCCGCCCUCUCCCUCUACCUUCCCACCAUCCGCGCGCGUCUCGCAGCAGGACCUGGAAGCACAGGACCGGCAUGGCCCAGCCUUCUCGGCAGCCUCGUGUCCAAGGGAGGGGUGAGCGCGUGGAACUGGCGCCAGGUCGUCCUCAGUGCGGCUGUGACUUUCUGGGCAACUCGAUUGGGCAGCUUCCUCUUCUCGCGAAUCACGGCCGAUGAUGGAAAAGACUCUAGAUUCGACAGCAUUCGUUCGUCCCCGCCCAAGUUCUUUGUCGCCUUCUUCGCCCAAGCAACCUGGGUCUCGCUCUGCCUGAUACCCGUUCUCGCCAUCAACAGCAUCCCCGCCACGACACUCGCCGCGCUGCCAUUGGUCACGAUCACAGACAUCAUUGGAAUCCUGCUGUAUGUAGGAGGUCUGGCAUUUGAGGCCACAGCAGACCAACAGAAGAGCCAGUGGGUGAAGGAGAAGAAGGAGAAGAAGCACAGCGAGGACUUUCUCACGAGGGGCCUUUGGUCGAAGAGCAGACAUCCCAACUACUUUGGCGAGAGCACGCUGUGGACCGGCAUUGCUACGACUGCUGCCGGCGUGAUGUUGAGCAAUGUGGGACAGGCAGGCAUGGGAUUCAGUGGAAGUGCUGUCAGCAGAAUUGGUGCUUUGGCAAUGGCUGCCGUGAGCCCUGCGUUUGUGACUUUCUUGCUUUUGAAGGUGUCGGGUAUUCCUCUCAGCGAAAACAAGUAUGACAUGCGGUACGGCGACAGGAAGGACUACCAGGAGUGGAAGAAGAACACGCCCAUGUUCAUCCCCAAGCUUUAG